CAAUUAUAAAUUAAUAUUUCCCUUUUCGUUGCACCUGCAGAAAUCGAUCAUUACAUCUAGCUCACGUGUAUUGCCUGCCAAGACAAUUGCGGAUCUGGGCUUGCGGUGAGCCACCGAUUGCAUGUAUGACGCAAAUCCAAAAAGUCUUGUAGUAGCUUUGGAAGUCAACUCUCGGGAGCUUCAGAUCAAUCCUGUAAAUAAUCUGUGGUUGCGAAGAUAACUUCCAGUCAUGGGCUCUCAUCACAUACCUGCGGUCGCACAUUUGCGACCGCCAGAAGCUGCCAGCGAUGGAUAUUCUGGCCAAAGGAGACGCACGUCAUUUCAAGCUGGUAGCGACUUGGAUGACAUGCAAAAUCUAACGCGAAAUGCUUCAGCGAUCAGUGGCCAUCGCGAAGACGGCAAAAAUCAUCAUGUGUCGACCUAUGAGCUUAGAGAUGUUCAAAGACCAGAAGCCGCCAGGACUGGACCUUCAUCUGCAACACAGGCAGCGGCAGUCGAGUUUAGCAGCAAUCCGUCUACACGGCCGCCAUCGCCAAAUGCUGAUUCAGAGAAUCCAUUUCCGGAGGGGGAUAUUCAACCUUCUACAAGAUAUCCCGAAAUAGGAACAAUCAAAUCCUGGAGAGGGAUUCUAAUUCUCAUCAUCACAGGUGGCUCACAACUGCUAGACAACGUCUACAUGACUGGUGUUAAUAUUUCUCUGCCGGCCAUACAAAAGGAAAUGGAUGUGCAAUCUGGGGACCUACAGUGGAUGAUUUCGGCAUAUACUCUAACGUUUGGUGGCUUCUUGCUUUUAGCCGGAGUUCUUUCCGACAGAUAUGGUCGAAAGCAUAUGCUAUGUGCUGGCUUAUUCUGGAUUACGGUGUGGUCCAUCGCCACGAGCUUGGGGACAUCGUAUAUUCAGCUCACGAUAUUCAGAGCACUUCAAGGUAUUGGAGCGGCCAUGACCGUUCCGUCUGCCAUUGGUAUAAUCAGCUCCUACUUCGUCACGCACGAGAGAACACGGGCACUUUCAAUCUAUGGAGCAGCUGGUGCCAUUGGAUUCUGCACUGGUCUCAUCUUUGGAGGGUUCUUGACGUCGUCACUCGGAUGGAGAUACCUGUUCCGUCUCUCUGUUGUUAUCACCGGCGGCUUGGCUAUUGCAGGAUUCUUCAUCCUUCCGCGGGACCGCCUCGAAGGGGUCGAGAAGCCACGCCUUGAUAUUCUUGGAGCGGCCGUCUCUACAACUGGACUGAUUCUUCUUUCGUUUGUCCUGUCAAGCGGCGGCGUAUACGGAUGGAACAAGGCAUUUAUUAUUGUUCUGCUAAUUGGAUCAGUCGUUUUGAUUGUAGUCUUUACUCUGAUUGAGAAGAAAGUCAGAAAUCCAAUUAUGCCCCUAUCUCUCUGGAAGAUUCCAAAUUUUGCGGGAUUAUGGGUCUCUGGCUUUGUCAUGUACGGCAGCUACCAAGCAAUCAUUUACUACCUGGUUUUAAUCUCCCAGGAGGUUAAUGAGCUCUCAGCCGGAGAUACGGCUGUUCGAUUCUUGCCCAUGGGCGCUGCUGGUUUCAUCACGUCCAUGUCUAUGAGUAAAGUUCUUGAAAAGGUCAAGGCGAAAACGCUGAUGAUUGUUGGAAUGCUACUCUGCGUUAUUGCGCCUAUACCAGGGUGCCUCAUCUCUGAAGGAGACAUCAACUUCUGGAAACACACCUUUCCGUCCUCAGUAAUAAGUGUAAUAGGCGUUUCGAUUGGAUAUUGCACAGUCACGAGUAUUAUGCUUGCCAGUGUGCCUUUGAAUGUGAAGAGCCUGUGUGGCGGAAUGGUCAACACUGCGUACCAAAUCGGCUCUGGAGUCGCUCUGGCCUUGGCUGCCGCAAUUGUUCAAGCGGUUGAUGUCGACAAGGGCCACGGAUUGAUAAAGCAAUAUAGUACCGGUUUAUGGUGUUGCGUUGGCCUUGCGGGCAUCGGCCUCUUAGCCUCCAUUUUUGCCAUCAAGGGCAAGUCGCUCGGAAUAUCUCAUGAAGAUGACGAACCACUAGCUAUGCAUUAAGGGCACCGUGUCCUGUAUUUGACCUAUAUGGGCUAGAUACAUUAAUUGUACAAUAACAGGACAAAGCUUUAUCCAUUCGAGAUUUAUCCCUGUUUCAUCUCCCUCAACUCGUUCGCGUCAAGUCGUUUCAUGAGCUCUGCGCAUCUUCUUGUAUCUUCUCUUGUUUCCGGAUACAGGACAGCUUGCUGUGCUACCCACCUUAGCCUCUCUAUCCAUAGCUGCCAUCGGCCUUUGCUCAGGCGUUGCUCUUCUUGUGGCCACAAAUCUGUUCGGCCCGGACCAAAGUAUCUCUCAUCACUAAUAGAUUUAUGUGUCCGAUGUCCGACAAUUAGUAACCAUUGAGCAGCUGCCGGUAUCCUCUCGUGCCAGAAUAUCUUUAGCUAGUGUCUUUUCAAAAAAAAAAAAA